AUGAAGACCACCAAGUUCGAAGUCCCACCUGGGUUUCUUUGUCUCUCUGAGACUUCAGGUGCCAGUGUGGGUGUGUCCUCAUUGCUUGCUCCUGGCCAGGUGAGUGACUUGAAGAAGAAGGUGGAGCAUGGUGUGAGGUGCCUUGAGAUUGCCAAGGAGGACAAGAGCACACUGGAGAAGGACCUACAGGGGCUCAGGCAGCACGACAAGGAGAGUGCCGCGUAUGACAGGCUGGAGAAGGACAGGCCGUGGCUGCAGCAGGAGCUGCACCAACAGCGGCAGAGACUGUCUGACCUGGAGAAAAAGCAAAUUAAGUUUGACCAGUUCUUGGCCAAGGAGACGACCAUCUCAGCCCAGUAUGUGGAGGAGCGUGACAGGGCUAAGGCAGAAGCCCGUGAGAGGGAGACCAAGGUGCUGUCACUGGCCCAGGCCAUGGAGGAGGCCAUGGAACAGAAGGCAGAGCUGGAGCAGCUCAACAAACAGUUCUGCACAGAGAUGGAGGACCUCAGGAGCUCCAAGGAUGACCUGGGCAAGAGUGUGAGUCAUGAGCUGGAGAAGUCGAAGCGGGCCCUGGAGCAGCAAGUCAAAGAGAUGAAGACCCAACUCAAGGAGCUGGACGAUGAGCUUCAGGCCACCAAGGAUGCCAAGCUUCGGCUGGAAGUGAACCUGCAGGCCAUGAGAGCCCAGUUCGAGUAGGACCUGCAGGGACGGGAUGAGCAGAGUGAGGAGAAGAAGAAGCAGCUGGCCAGACAGGUGUUGUCUCCCUGGGUGCAGGAGAUGGAGGCAGAGCUGGAGGAAGAGAGGAAGCAUCACUCGAUGGCAAUGGCCGCUUGGAAGAAGCUGGAGAUGGACCUGAAGGACCUGGAGGCCCAGAUCGACUCUGCCAACAAGAACCGCGAUGAAGCCAUCAAACAGCUACGGAAACUGCAGGCCCAGAGGAAGGGCCACAUGCAUGAGCUGGACAACACGCAUGCAUCCCACAAGGAGAACCUGGCACAGGCCAAGGAGAACGAGAAGAAGCUGAAGAGCAUGGAGGCCGAGAUGAAUCAGCUGCAGGAGGAACUGGCAGCUGCCGAGCGUGCCAAUUGUCAGGCCCGGUAGGAGCGGGACGAGCUGGCUGACGAGAUUGCCAACAGCAGUGGCACAGGGGCCCUGACAUUGGAGGAGAAGAGGCGCCUGGAGGCCGGCAUCGCCCAGCUGGAGGAGAAGCUGGAGGAGGAGCAGGGCAUCACGGAGUUGGUGAACGACAGGCUGAAGAAGACCAACCUGCAGAUUGACCAGAUCAACACUGACCUGAACCUGGAGUACAGCCACGCUCAGAAGAAGGAGAAUGCUAGGCAGCAGCUUGAGCACCAGAACAAGGAGCGCAAGGUCAAGCUGCAGGAGAUAGAGGGCACUGUCAAGUCCAAAUACAAGGCCUCCAUCACUGCCCUGGAGGCCAAGAUUGCACAACUGGAAGAGCAACUGGAGAAGGAGACCAAGUAG